CUGCAUUCUAAGGGUCAAAUAGACUAUAGAACCGUCACUCUGACAGAACACUGACGUUGGGCCAGACCGAUAGCAGCGAGACUGACUCAUGAGGCAUGGAUUUAUAUCAGGGAAGCCUCUAGCUCAUCAUCGCACAUUCGAUGCCCAAAUCGGCGGAAUAUGGCGACUCAUCCACUUCAAGCAAUCAGCCAAGCUGUCGGGACCACCGGCGGUGAUCCUCGUCCCGUCCAACUCUCCUCCUUGUUCCAGGGCGCCAACGAUGGCCCAGCAAAGGCGGCGGCCAAGCUAACAGGCGUUCAAGGCCCAGGCAAGCGAACAGACGAUGGCCCCUAUUUCACCAACAACGAGGCAAUCCCUUUCCCUGACCCUGCUCAUAGCAAAACCGCAGGCGGUCUGCCUCUGGCAUCUGAUGCCUUUCUGUUCCAGAAGCAGCAGCACUUCAAUCGCUCGAAACUUCUGGAGCGCAUGGUUCAUCCUUGUGGAAGUGGUGCCUUUGGCCAUUUCGAGGUUACCAAGGACGUCUCUAACCUGACCAAGGCACACUUCCUGCGAUCUCCCGGCAUAAAGACCCCAGUAUUCGUCCGGUUCUCCACCGUGACUCUGGGCCGAGAAUUUCCAGAUCUUGCCCGGAACCCACGGGGCAUGGCCAUGAAAUUCUACACGGGCGAGGGGAACUACGACCUUGUUGGACUGAACUUUCCCGUUUUCUUUUGUCGUGACCCUAUCCAGGGCCCGGAUGUUAUACGAUCGCAGGCCCGAAAUCCGCAGAACUUCCUCUUGGAUCAUAACUCGCUCUUUGACCUGCUUGCCAAUACUCCAGAAGGAAAUCAUGCGGGAAUGAUGUUUUUCAGUGACCAUGGCACCCCAGUAGGGUGGAGAAACAACCACGGAUACGGAUGCCACACGUUUAAAUGGGUGAAUGCCAAGGGUGAAUUUGUCUAUAUUAAAUACCACUUCCUGGCAGAUGGCGGGCAAAAGCAGUUUACUGCAGACGAGGCCUUGCGGCACGGCGGCGAAGACCCAGACUACUCAAAGCGUGAUCUUUGGCAAGCGAUUGAGAAAGGAGAGCAACUUACCUGGACUGCCCAUGCUCAGGUGAUGGAGCCAGAGCAGGCAGAUCCUGAAAAGCUGGGCUUCGACCCGUUUGAUGUGACCAAAGUCUGGCCAAAAAAUCUUUUCCCGCUCCAUGAAUUCGGAAAACUGACCCUUAACAAAAACCCUGAAAACUUCCACCGUGACGUUGAACAGGCGGCCUUCUCCCCAGGAAGCAUGGUGCCCGGCAUCGAGGACGGCCCUGAUGCACUUCUGCAGUUCCGCAUGUUCUUCUAUCGUGAUGCCCAGUACCACCGAAUUGGCGUCAACCUGCAUCAGAUUCCAGUAAACUGUCCAUUCAUGGCGUCCUCCUAUUCCUCACUCAAUUUCGAUGGCCCCCUGCGCGUCGACGCCAACCACGCCAUGAACCCACAGUACGCACCCAACAGCUUCACGCACAAAUUCCGGCCUGAUACCGCCGAAGCUCCCUACCAGCUCGCCGACAAUACAGUUGGCCGAAAAUCACACUACUACCACGAAGGCAAAACAUCUGAAUAUGACCAGCCUCGCGCACUGUACCAGAAGGUCAUGGAUGCGCGUGCCCGCCACCAUCUCCACGAAAACACAGCGCGUCUGCUGAAGCUGGUCGAGUACCCUGAGAUUCAGGUGAAGUACCUCGCGCAGGCCUUCCGGAUUGCACCGGAAUAUGCAAGGGGCAUCUACAAUCUGCUCCCGGAAAAGACGUUCUCGUUCUCAGAGGUUGAGGAGCGGUCGGAAGGUGCGGAGCAAAAUGGCAAGGACCCGAAGUUCUGUCCGAGCCUGAAGACGGAUAAGUUGGCAGGGAAAUGCCCUGCUGGGCCCGUGUACAAUGUCUAAGGGUGUUUGCGCACCAGAAUCGACUUGAAUAUUAUUGUUAGGGAAUAUAAAGAUGGUCUUUCACUGCAAUGUAAUGUAUGACGGAUCCUUCGCGUCGUGGCACAUGUAAUUUCUAGAUUAACGAUAUAUCCUUUACUGUACAAUAGUGUCUGUAUCGUUUACUAGCUCAUCUGUGAAUUCUACUGGCAUUUUAAGAUUGCCGCCGUCGCUAUUAUUGAUGGC